AGGGAAAAGGAAAAAAAGAAAAGAAAAGGAGAGAAAAAUAGAAAUGAACGGUUCAUCCAAUGAAGCUCCCAUUCCAAGAAGAUUACAAGGCAAAGUUGCAAUCAUAACCGGCGGCGCGAGCGGCUUCGGGGAAGCCACGGCGCGGCUGUUCGUCCUCCACGGCGCCAAAGUGGUGAUCGCCGACGUGCAAGACGACAGGGGACAAUCUCUCUGCCGGGAAAUCAAUCUCCCCGACCAGAUCUCCUACGUCCACUGCGACGUCACCAGCGACGCCGACGUCAGCGCCGCCGUCGACUUCGCCGUCUCCAAGUACGGCGGCCUGGACGUCAUGUUCAACAACGCCGGCAUCCCGGGGAAACUCGACUUCGCCGUCGCCGACGCCGACAACGACAACUUCAAGCGGGUCUUCGAGGUCAACGUCUACGGCGCAUUCCUCGGCGCCAAGCACGCGGCGAGGGUGAUGAUCCCGGCGGGGAAGGGGGUGGUGCUUUUCACCUCCAGCAACGCCUCCGUCGUCGCCGGCGAGUCGCCGCACCCGUACGCGGUGUCGAAGCACGCGGUGGUGGGGAUGAUGAGGAACCUGUGCGUGGAGCUGGGCGAGCACGGGAUCAGGGUGAACUGCAUUUCUCCCGGCGCGGUGGCGACGCCGCUGCUGACGAGUUCCAUGGGGGUGGACAAGGCGGUGGUGAACGAUAUCUUGCGCGCCGCCGCAACCUUGAAGGGGGUGGUCCCGACGGAGGAUGACGUGGCGGCGGCGGCCUUGUAUCUGAGCGGCGACGAGUCGAAGUUCGUGAGCGGCCUGAAUCUUGUGAUUGAUGGAGGUUACAGCACCACUAACCAGACUUACAGUAGGGUGAUCAAGAGCUUUUUCUCAAUUGAUAAUUAAUAUAUUUAUAUUUUCCACGUCAGAUUUUCCUUUUCCACGUCACUUUGUAUUUUUUAUUUUUUUUAUAUUAAUAAAUUAAUAAUUAUUUCCACUUAA